CAGAUGGAAGCCUGGAUGGGCGCCGCCGCCCGCUCUUGGUCGGACACCCCAGAAGGCCGUGGCAGUGCCCUUGGGGCUUGGACACGUGGAUGCUCACUUUGGCUCCUGGUCACUCUCCGGAUUCACGUCCCUAGCUGCCCCUCCCCCUCCCUGGACCAACGGUUCCUCUCCCCUCCCCUCCCCCUCUCAACGGUCGUCCCUCUUCCCACGGGCGCGCGCUCACGGGCCGUUGGGGCGGGAGCGAGCCUCCCCUGCCCAUCGCAGCUGGGGCGUGUGCACGGAAGGGUGCGUGUGCACGGCAGCCGGGCUCGCUCCCGCGCUCGCUCCCGGGCUGGCUGUGAGCACGCGGCGGCGACAGCACAGUCGUUCCUGGCUCCGCUCCUCCCCAUUCUCGUCCUUCGUCCUCUGUGGCUCCUCUACGACCUCGCCCUGAGCUCCGGCCCCGCGAUGAAAGGUCUGCUGGGAAGAAAACUGAUUUUGGAGAAAGAAAACUGCCGCGAUGAGCAGUUUAAGAUUUCCUCCGUGGAUCUGGAAGACCAGCCGCUCCUUGGCGGGAUUUCGAGCACCGAAGACGAGAUCGUGACGGAGAUCUUCAGCCAGGACAGCCAGUUCAUUCCGGAAAACAUCAACCUGAAGGGUGCAGUGAUUAGUAAGCACGAUGACGACGACGAGUUCCACUCCUUUAAAGACGCCUACUUCGCCGCCGCCGACCCGCGGGAGACGCUGCUGCACUCCUUCAACCCCCCCCUCAACGUGGAUUGCAACAACAAGGUCAAGGUGGAGCGCCUCGUCGACGAGAACAACGAGGAAGAAAUCCUCGAAGACUAUUCCGGUCUGCCCGAGCUCAACCCCCUGGAGGAGACCAUGCUGCCCUCCCCGUCGCAGCUGCAGCCUCACGCCUACAACGUCCACUUCCUGUCUUCCUUGAGGACUCAGCACAGGAACCCGCCCAGUGUCCUGCCCCUGGGGGCCUGGGCGGCUCGGGAAGGAGCGGCUCAUCACAAUGUCCGCGUGAUCCCAGUGGAGAUAAGGGAAGCAGUUGGUGCCAUUACUGCUAACAACCAGGACGAAGCUGUUUUUCAGAAUGCCCAUGCUCAGGAGAGCUGCUGCAAGUUCCCACCAUCACAAGAACCAAUGGAGAAUUCCAGCUGUUCCCAUAAGAAGGAGUCUAACCCAAUGGUAAUCUGCCAGCUGAAAGGGGGCACACAGAUGCUGUGUAUAAACAAUUCGGGCACAAGAGAGCUCAAAGCAGUUCAUUUGGUUCCUCAGUAUCAAGAACAAAAUAAUUAUCUGCAGCCAGAUGUGUCUAAACCUUUGACUACCUUAGUUGGAAGAUUUCUGCCAGUACCAGCUAAAUUAAAUCUCAUCACACAGCAACUUGAUAAUGGCGCCUUAUCGUCUGUAGUUAAUGGAACCACCUUCCCUUCAGGAUCAAAUCUUCAAGGGCCAGCAAAAAUUACUUUAGCUGGGUACUGUGAUUGUUUCGCCAACGGGGACUUUUGCAACAACUGCAACUGCAAUAAUUGUUACAACAAUUUACGCCACGAAAUCGAACGCUUUAAAGCCAUCAAGGCCUGUCUGGAUCGAAAUCCAGAAGCCUUCCAACCCAAGAUUGGGAAAGGAAAAUUGGGGGACAUUAAGCCUCGCCAUAACAAAGGUUGUAAUUGCAAGAGGUCAGGCUGCCUUAAGAAUUACUGUGAGUGCUACGAGGCCAAAAUUAUGUGUUCUUCUAUUUGCAAAUGUAUUGGUUGCAAAAAUUAUGAAGAAAGCCCAGAACGCAAAACCCUCCUGAACAUGCCCAACUAUGUGGAGAUCGGAGGCUCUGAAGGCGGCCAUCUUUUUUCGCCAUCCAAGUUUGCCGUAUUGCCCAAGUUCAGGAAAGACAGGCCACCUUAUACAUGCAUCUCCUGGGAAGUGGUGGAAGCGACCUGCGCCUGCCUCCUCGCCCAAGGGGAAGAGGCCGAGAAGGAGCACUACUCGGAGUGCCUGGCUGAGCAGAUGAUCCUCGAGGAGUUUGGGAGGUGUUUGUCGCAGAUUCUUCACACUGAAUUUAAGUCCAAAGGCUUGAAGGUCGAGUAGCAGCCUGGGGCAUCGGAUCCAGCCAGUGCCAGCGGGGAGCUCUCCCAUGACCAUGUUCAGAAUGGAAACUCUAUGUCUCGGUGUUUGUAGGAAGCAUGCAGGCAAGCCCAGUGCAGAGCGAAUGGCCCUCUGCACCCGGCAAUGUAGGGAAUCCACUCACUGAACAAUCUUGGGGAAGGGUCUCCAUAAUGUAGUUAUCUGGGGAGGGGGAGUGUUGGGUUUGGGAAUCCCAGGAGAGGUCUUUGGAUUAGGAAGUCACCUGCUAGGAGGUUGGCAAGUAGUGGGGUGCCUGGGAGGGAGAACCAUUCCUGGUGGAUGCCGGGACCUCUCCUGGCCUCAACCCCUCCAGAGAAUUCUCUUGCGCACAGCCACUGUCCUCCACAAAAACCUUUAGGUCAUAAUCUUCUCUUUGGCAAUUCUUUGGAAGUGUAUCUCCCCACUGAGCUACAAUGGCUGAAGAAUUGUGAACUCCCCAAGAGUCCCGAUAGGGUAGGUGGGCCCUAGAAUCACCCAAAUUAGCCGCCCUGUGCUGAGGAUGUAAAGAAACCCAACACCACCCCGGGGCUCGUUUAGGACUUGGAGAGUUGGCACCCAUUGGGUUUCUCUUGAAGGUGGAAAGGGGCCAUUUACCCCCAAAGCUCUCCAUCCUUAGUGCUGUUAUUAUUCUCAUUACUAUUGUUUAUACAAACCAGAUAAGCAGCCCCGCGUUGACAUGCAGAUGGGCUGGAUUCGUGUCCUGUGUCAACGUAAGGUUCAGUGGCAGACACAAAGUUGGGGAACGAUCCAGAGAUCCACAAGACAUACAUUGAAACCUCUUCCCUGGCUCUGCGAGUGGUAAUUAGUGAUGGCAGCUGCCCCUAGGAUGGUUUGCCCAUCCAAAUGACAGGCUGGCUCAGUGAGUGGCAUUCGCAAUAUCCUUGUGCCUGUGAACACAGAAGCAAACUAACUGGUCAUUACAGAAAAGCCCGAGUCUUUGCUCCAUAGAGAUAUCAUAACCCAUCAGUCAUCGGGGAAAAAGCAAAACUCAGUCCCGGAGGAGAGACUCCGGAAAAGGGAGGGAGGCAGGCAGGGAAUACUCAGUCCUUUCCCUAUUCCAUUUGGGGGUCCCUAGGAGAAGGCCAGAAGAAGAGAAGGUCCAGUCAGGGCUCUGAGGUGGAGGUGGGGGUGACAAAGGCCAGGCUCUCUAGCUAUUGAGCCUUGCUUGGCCUCCCAAGGAACAGAACCACUCCCCAUGGAGCCUGAAAGGCAGAAGGGGACUGGGGGGCCCCCAGACUCAUCCUUUGUAUUUGUUGGAUGGAGGAAAGAGUCACCUUGACAGAGCUGUGAAGGGAUGUCUGGCAUUAUGGAGGGGGAAGAGGACUCGGCUCUCUGAAGGAAGCCUGAUGAGCCAAAUCCAUGCAUCCUUGGCUGCAGAGACCUCAAAAGUCCCUGACCAGGAAAGGGGGGGGCGGCAAAGGAAAAGGAAGGGUCAGAGCAGACAUAGGGAUUCCUCUAGGCUUGUGCCUUGGGACGCAAGCCUUGACUGCAUCCCCUGCACACUGCUGGGCCAGGCAAGGAGCAAUUUUUCCAAUACCAACUGCAGCCAGGUGUGCCAAAGCUAGGAAGUCUGGGAAGACCCAAAAGUUAUCUGUCUUCCCUAUGCCUUGGGGAGGGCACCCUCCUGGCAGACCCCUCCGGGAAGAGAGAAUCUGACUGGAUCAAUAGGGGGCAAGGCCAGUCAUGCACCGCAUUAUUUUUAAAGUGAGAUCCGAGACUGACAUCUCUUUAAGUAACUACGCUGUAACACUGGAGUAAUGGCUGAAAAUGCAAGUUUUUCUAGGAUAACUGAAAAACUAUACAACUAACUUUAUUUUCAAUAGGGAAAACUGAUACAGUAUUUAAAUCUAGAAAGAUAUCAUGCCCUUAUCUCAUGCCAUAGUCAGUCAAGUUUAGACAACUUGCAUCUUUCUCACCAGCUAUCAAAAAGCAAGGUUGAUGUCAAACCAUAACCUGUAAUUGGGAAGAAGAUGAGCCCCCCACCCCCACCCUACCCCAGCCUCCUUCCUCCCCUCCCCACCCCCCGCUCUAGAAGCCCAGACUGAUCCCUUGCCAGAACUGAGCAGGGCAUUAGAAACCAAUGAGAUGAACUCUGAAGUUUCUCUUCCACCCUUCCUCUUUCAAUGAAUGUCUUCCCCAUUGCUAGAAGCCUGGAUGCGAAUGCAGCAGGCAACUGGGACUGGCCAACUUUGGCCACCCCGAAGAGACAGCUUGAUCUUGUUCUGGGCCAUUUGCCCUUUUGUGGCACUUACAAAUAGAAUGGGCUGCCGCGAGCAUCUGUGUAAGGGAGAGUCCUUGCGGUGGCUGGAAGGUUGAAUGGGCAUGUGAUAGGUAGAAAUGAGCCUGAGGCAUGAAGGCUGGGGUCCAGGACUAGCUCUCCCAAUGUACAUUCUUGCCUGCAUCUCUCCCCAUUUAGCUUUAUUUAGCCAGGUGAAUCCCAGCAUCUAAGUCUUAAAGGAGAAAGAGCUGAGAAGGGCCACUAUCCACCAGCACUGCCUGCUCCCUAGGAAGCCGCCUCUCUUUGGUUAGGCCUGGUGGGUUCAUGUAAAGCUGAAAACACAGCUUUGCUGCUUCCCCUUACUCCCUGCCUGGAAAUCAUCGGGCUUCAUCCACUCCAGUUUGUGGCUCGAAACAGGGACAGCUGGGAAGGGUGAGGAUGGGGAGAGCGGCACUGGCAUCCCCCCCCCCCCAACCCUGGGCUAGCAUGUGCUUAUAGUCUUCCCCAGAGGACCCCUUUGGGUUUUUCUCACUCCUGCUUUCAUAGACCCCAUUGCAGGGCGGGAGCUGGCCAGCGUCUCGACUGCUGAAAUUGUCCAAGUCCCCCUCUGGCUCUCAGGUCUGGGGAGAAGGGAACUUGUUUCCUCCUUGGGUCAGAAGGAAGGGUGGUUUGCCUUCCUGCAAAAGAGAAGUUGAGGUCAUUGACUGAAUUGAAAACACUGUCCAACCUCCUGGUCAUAGUUGUACUAGUUACUGUUAUCCUUCAUAACCUCAAUAGGCCCUUCAUGUUAUUUUAACCACUUAGCUGCUAUUUUUUUUAACUUGGUAAACGUAUCAUUUCACUGAUAGCUAAUUGAAAUUUUUUCUCUUCUUUAAUGUUAUUCUUGGAUACAUUUAUUAUUUUUAAUAAGUAAAAAUUAUCUGGGCCACCCCCAAAAUAAUAAAGUUAAACAACAGUUAGCUUUCAUAGUUAUUAUAUCUGUUGCUGGUGUCAAUUGCCUAGGAUUGAAUGCUCUUAAUUUAAUUGAGAGCUCUUAAUUGGGACUCAACUGACUCACAUUUAUUUAUUGCUAGAGAAAAAUUAUAUCCAUUGGUAUUUUGAUUUAGAAAAUAAAUGCUUAAAUUUA